UGUUAGAAAAAUGGAAGAAGGAAGAAGCGUGAAGCAAGGAGAAGGGAAGAUAGAUUGAUCAAACGGUGCAAAAAGAGACAAAAUCCCACAGAAAAAAAAAACCCACGUAACUCUUGUUCUUCUCCAUCGUCCCAGAAAGAACAACACAACCUCAAAGAACUUCUCUCCCUGUCUCCCUCCCACCACCUCAAUUAAUCUCAAAUUUUACAACAACGAUCUAAUCUAAUCUAAUUACUUUACUUUAUACAUUACAUAGCCUCAACAUUAUUGGAAUAUUCAUCAUUUCAUGAUCCAAUUAAGAUAUUAUGAUUGAUUUAUUACCAAGAAAAUAAAAGGAUUAGAAGAAGAAUAAACAGAGUAAUUAAUUAGAGAGGAUGCAAGCGGUGGGGAGAUUAGGGAGCUACAUUAGUCAAGGCGUAUACACCGUUUCCGGUCCCUUUCAUCCAUUCGGUGGCGCCGUCGACAUCGUCGUUGUUCAACAACAAGACGGUUCAUUCAAAUCAUCACCAUGGUAUGUUCGGUUCGGUAAAUUCCAAGGUGUUUUAAAAUCCAAAGAAAAAAUCGUUCAAAUCAAUGUUAAUGAUGUUGAAGCUGAUUUUCAAAUGUAUCUUGAUAACAAAGGAGAAGCAUUUUUUCUUAGAGAAGUUGAUGCUGAUGAAGCCGUUUUGAUUGAUCCGUUAGAAUCUGUUGAUGAUAUUGAUCAUCAAUCUUUGAGGACUAAGAGUUGUAAUUUUGAUUCUGAGGAUAGGAAGAUUAUAGGGAGGACUAGUUCUAAGCGUUCACGAAUACUUGGUCUUAUGUUUGGGAGAAGGUCUGUGAGUGGUGAAUUUGAAGAUGGUGUUGGGAAUAAAGAACGUGCUGAGAUUGCCGCAAAUUUGUUGGAUAUUAAGUGGUCUACGAAUCAAGAUGGCGAUCAUGCUGUGGUAGUGGAGAAUGAGGAUGGUUCUAUUGGUGUUGUAAAGGAUGAAAAGGUAUUGAGUGAAGAGGUUUCUGUGGUAGAGGGUGUUGAAGAGGGUUCUAAAGUGAAGAUAGUUUGUUGCUCAAGUGAACAAACUCAUGAGGUUAUGUAUCUUGCUCAUGGGGAAAGUGGUGAGGUUCAUGUCCAUGAUCAAGUCUUGCAUUCACUCAUAUCUCAGGGUACCGAAACUGAGGGAGUCACUAAGAGUGCUGAUGUAGUGGAGAUCUUUGAGAUUCAUUCUCAGACUCAGAAAAUAGAUUCUUCUGAUUCUGAGCCUAGUAUGUACAAUGUGGUAGAUGUUGAGAACCUAACAACAUCUCCUAAACCUCAAACUAACAGUUUGGAUAUAGGACACUGUUCAAGUGAGAAAGCUGAGUCAUAUAGUGUUACCAAUGCUUCCAGUUACAACAGCGAGGAUGACCAAGGAUUAUGUGAGAAUAACACGAAAGAUAAAGAUGUCUCUAGCACGUUAUCAACUACACAAUACUCUCUUGGAGAUUGUUUACCUGGUGAAACAUCAAGGAGAUUGCCGCCCUCAAGUUCAGAUGAAGAGAAUUUCCUUUUUAGUGACCUUGACGAAAACAGAAUGAAUGAUCGAUAUGAGGGAUCAUUAACCCCUGAGUAUAUAGACAAAGACGAUAGUAUUUCUUACGAGGACGGCACUGAAACCUCAAGAGUGACAUCCUGUCCCAUAGUCAUCCCUAGAAAUGAGGAUGCUGCGGGGGAAGUUGGGCAGAAUACAGGAUCCUUGCCAAAUAUUUCUUCUGGUAAUAAUAGUAUGCGCCAACAAGUUCGUUUUCCUUUAAGUCAAUCACUGGACUCGACAUAUCCUGGCAAAGAUGACCUGAAAUGCUUAAACUUAGACGAGUACAAAGAAAAGCAGUUACCGCAUGAGCAGGAAGGUGGCAAAGCUUAUCAAGAUUCUGAAGAAGUCAAAGAUACUACGCUGAAUCUGCCCCCCGGUGGCACAUCAACAAGCAGCUCUCCACCUGGUGGUAAUUGGAGAAUUUGGCCUUUCUCCUUGAGCAGAACAGGGUCUAGAGACUCUUCGCCACCUAUUCCAAAUGAUGCCAAAAGUGAUAUUUUUGGUAAUUCUCCAGAGAAUAAGAUUUGCACAGAUGCGAACAAAAAUGAUACUAAACCCAAUCUAACGAAAAAGAAGGUUAGGGAAUUAACUCCAACUUCUGAACAGAUAGCAUCGUUGAAUCUGAAGGAAGGGAGGAAUAUUGUAACCUUCACCUUUUCUACAGCUAUGCUGGGGAAACAGCAGGUUGAUGCUCAAAUAUAUCUGUGGAAAUGGAAUGAUCGUAUAGUGAUCUCAGAUGUGGAUGGAACAAUUACAAAGUCAGAUGUUCUUGGCCAGUUCAUGCCUUUGGUUGGUGUUGACUGGUCACAGACUGGUGUUGCCCAUUUAUUCUCCGCAGUCAAGGAGAAUGGUUACAAACUGCUUUUUCUCAGUGCUCGUUCAAUUUCUCAAGCCUAUAUUACACGACAAUUCCUACUGAAUCUUAAACAGGAUGGCAAAGUUUUACCAGAGGGUCCAGUUGUUAUUUCCCCCGAUGGACUUUUUCCCUCUCUAUACCGUGAAGUUAUUAGAAGGGCUCCUCAUGAAUUCAAAAUUGCAUGCUUAGAGAGUAUCAAGUGUCUUUUCCCUUCCGAUUGCAAUCCGUUCUAUGCUGGUUUUGGAAAUAGGGAUACUGAUGAAAUCAGUUACCUUAAGGUUGGAAUCCCGUUGGGAAAAAUCUUCAUUAUAAAUCCCAGGGGAGAGAUCGUCGUGAACCGAAGUCUUGACACAAAAUCAUACACUUCUAUGCAUGCACUCGUGAACGGAAUGUUCCCCUCAACAAGCACUUCUGAGCAGGAGGAUUAUAAUUCAUGGAAUUUCUGGAAGCUACCCCCUUCUGCAUUUGAUUUUUGAAAGAGCCUUGUGGCUUUUGGACUCAAUAACCUUGGUCCUGGAUAUGGAUAGGUGCAGGCAGUGCAGCUCUUAAAAGAAUAUAGUUCCUUUGAUCGUGUCAUGGUAGUGCAUAUUUUGACGCUGUUCUAUAUUCACAAGUGUGCAUGGAACUUCACAACGAUGAUAUUUUGCUAAUUCAGGGAACGACCUUUUCUGUUGUGGAACGAUUUAUCGAAAAUCAUAUCAUAAUUUGGUGGAUGGAAUUAUUUGAUGCUAAGAGAUGAGCAGGUCCAUUUUUGUUAGUUUAAUAUGAACCCAUGACCACUAAAGCCAAAUGGAAUCCCAAGAAGUUUACAUAUCUUCUUGAUUAUUGUAUUGUAGAUUAGUGCAUAGUUGAGUCCCACUCAUUUCCAUUCGAUUGUAUAUGUAUAUUUGUGUACUUGAAUGAAUGAGUCCGCUUGGUUCCAUUUUUACAGCAUAAAGAAAUAUUAUGCUCAUCAGCAUUUCUCA